UUACGAACUUACGACUUUGAGUUUCUAAACUGUUUUAUAAAGAUGGAGCACAUAGAGAUAAUAGAUGUUCAUAUUAUGUAAAAAAGUUGGGUUUCUUGACCCAUAACAAAAAAAAAAAUGCUGUUCCAUCCUCUUCGUAUCUUCUUUUUUCUUUUUCUCUCUUCCCUUUGUAUACAACAAAUCAAAGCUGCUGAAAGUGGCUUAGGUGGUCAUAUCAAAGUAGACCCUAACCUCAAGUUCGAGAACCCAAGGCUACGUCAAGCAUACAUUGCUCUCCAAUCAUGGAAACUAGCAAUCUUCUCUGACCCUUUCAACUUCACAGCUAACUGGAACGGGUCAGAUGUUUGCUCAUACAAUGGAAUCUACUGUGCUCCUCUCCCUGGCUCAUACAACAAAACAAGAGUCGUUGCUGGCAUUGACCUUAACCAUGCUGACAUGGCUGGUUACUUACCAUCCGAGCUUGGUCUCCUUUGUGACCUCGCUCUCUUCCACCUUAACUCAAACCGUUUCUGCGGUGAAGUCCCUCUUACAUUCAACCGCAUGAAGCUACUCCACGAGCUUGAUCUUAGCAACAACCGAUUCGUCGGUAAGUUCCCUAAGGUUGUCCUCUCGUUACCAUCCCUCAAGUUCUUGGAUCUUCGCUUCAACGAGUUCGAAGGCAAGAUCCCUUGGAAGCUCUUCGAUAAAAACCUCGACGCUAUAUUCUUGAACCAUAACAGGUUCCGGUUUGGGAUCCCCGACAACAUGGGGAACUCUCCGGUCUCAGCUCUGGUUCUCGCCGACAACGAUCUUGGAGGUUGCAUACCGGGAAGUAUCGGUCAAAUGGGGAAAACACUCAACGAGAUUAUCCUCUCUAACGAUAACUUAACCGGUUGUUUACCUCCUCAGAUAGGUAACCUCAAGAAAGUGACGGUUUUCGACAUUAGUUCAAACCGUCUACGUGGUCCGUUACCGUCUAGCGUUGGUAACAUGAAGAGUUUAGAAGAGCUCCACGUGGCGAACAAUGGUUUCACGGGUGUUAUUCCUCCGAGUAUCUGCCAGCUUCCGAACCUUGAGAACUUUACUUACCAUUCCAACUUCUUCACCGGUCGUGCUCCUAUAUGCGCGGCUCUAUCGGCGGCUGACGCUAUUGUGAACGGUUCCAUGAAUUGUUUAACCGGUUUGGCUCGUCAGAGAUCGGUUAAGGAGUGUUUAUCUUUGUUGGCUCGUCCUGUUGAUUGUAGUAAGUUUGGUUGUAAUAAUAUUUUCUCUCCACCGCCACCACCAACGUUCAAAAUGUCACCUGUUGUUAGGAGACUCCCUCCACCGGUUUAUGUUUACAAGUCGCCUCCACCACCGGCGUCUAAGAUGUCUCCCACCGUUAGAGCUUACUCUCCCCCACCUCCACCGUUGUCUAAGAUGUCGCCUACCGUGAGAGCUUACUCUCCGCCUCCACCACCAUCACCAUCUCCUCCACCGCCUUACGUAUACUCCCCUCCUCCACCACCUCCUUACGUAUACUCGCCUCCCCCUCCACCGCCUUACGUGUACUCGCCUCCUCCUCCACCUCCUCCAAGUCCACCACCGCCCUAUGUAUACUCAUCUCCACCUCCACCUCCUCCAAGUCCACCACCGCCUUAUGUGUACUCAUCUCCACCUCCACCUCCUCCAAGUCCACCACCACCGUAUGUGUACUCAUCUCCACCACCGCCUCCUCCAAGUCCACCACCGCCUUACGUGUAUUCAUCUCCACCUCCGCCUCCUCCAAGUCCACCACCACCGUGUCCUGAAUCAUCUCCGCCACCGCCUGUUGUAUAUUACACACCAGUGACACAAAGUCCACCACCACCAUCACCAGUAUACUAUGCGCCGGAAACACAAAGCCCUCCACCGCCAACACCAGUAUACUAUCCACCCGUAACACAAAGUCCACCACCACCAUCACCGGUAUACUAUGCACCAGAAACACAAAGCCCUCCACCGCCAACACCAGUAUACUAUCCACCGGAAACACAAAGCCCACCACCACCGCCAACUCCAGUAUACUAUCCAUCAGAAACACCAAGCCCACCACCGCAAUCACCAGUUUACUAUCCAUCAGAAACACAAAGUCCACCACCACCCUCACCAGUUUACUAUCCAUCGGAAACACAAAGUCCACCACCGCCAUCACCAGUUUACUAUCCAUCAGAAACUCAAAGCCCACCACCGCCAUCACCAGUUUACUAUCCAUCAGAAACACCAAGUCCACCACCACCCUCACCAGUUUACUAUCCAUCAGAAACACAAAGUCCUCCACCACCAACUGAGUACUACUCACCAAGCCAGUCUUCUCCACCAGCAAAGGGAUGUACAGACAACCAUCCUCCACCAACACCUCCUACUUACCAACCAACUCCUGAAUAUUCAUACACAUCAUCACCACCACCGCUUCCUUCCUAUCCCGAGACAUCUCUUCCACCGAUUCCAAGUGUCUCGUAUGCUUCGUCUCCUCCUCCUACUCCGUCUUACUACUAGUUUCAAAUAAUUGAGAAAAAAAAAUGCAUUGCCUUAUGAACACUCACAAUUACAUUCUUUUGCCUGCGAGACUUUUAAUUUGUGUGUUUGUUUAUUUAUAAAGAAAAAACAUUCGAGUUAACUUUUUCUAUUUUCAUAUUUUUCUUUUGCAUAUUUUGUUGUUUUUUUUUUC